AAGAAGCGGAAGCCCCAAAGGGGGCGGUAACGGCGCAGCUUAGGUUGUGGAGGUUCCUCGGUGGUUGCCCGCUGGGCUCCAAGCGUUUUCGGGCAUUCAGACGAUGCCGUGACGCAGUAAAGCGACAGCGUUAGCAGCGUGAGCGCACCCUGUGGAAGGAGCCCUUCGGUCACGGAGGUGUCGCCACUUGGAGGCAGGUUGUUAUUCGAGGGUGCAGCUUUGAAGCUCUUCAGUGAGUGGGGGAGGGGCGGUGGACGACGAGCGGUUCCGGUCUGCGCUUGCGCCGGUGUCCCUGCUGACCCGGCCCUCACGCUCGCGCAUGCCUGCUGUGAGCGGAGCCGCGGUGGCCCGCGGCGUUGCGCGUGCGCGCUGAGAAACCCGCUGAGGAGCGGCGCUGGCGGACGUCGAGCGGACGGCCGGUGACGUCGUGAGGAGCGCUUUAAAGUGCGGGCCGGGCCGGGCGACUGAGGGUCUGGCUGGGAGUCGGGCCCAUCCUCCACAGACGCCCUCCGCGGCAUGAGGCACAGCCGGCGUCCCUGCCCCCCGGGACGUGGAGAAAGUGUAGGAGGAAGCCCCAUUGCCGCUACUGCUGCAUGACCCGCCUCCCCUGAUACUCGACCCAGCCAGCGCCCGACUCCUCAGCGCUCCGCGCCGGGUCCUCUGGCCUUGUAUGCGGGCCUGGCGCUGAAGAUCCCCGCACCUCAGGCCGCCGUGUGGGGCGCGUCCCCCGAGAGCCAUGCCCGGCCGCCCCGCCCGUCCCGGAGGACCCUAGAGCAGCGUCGCGGGGGCCAUGGCGGCCGCCAGCGGUUACACGGAUCUGCGUGAGAAGCUCAAAUCCAUGACGUCUCGGGACAACUAUAAAGCAGGCAGUCGGGAGGCAGCGGCCGCCGCCGCCGCCGCGGUGGCCGCCGCCGCCGCCGCCGCCGCCGCGGCUGAGCCUUAUCCGGCGACCGGGGCCAAGCGCAAGUACCAGGAGGACUCGGACCCCGAGCGUAGCGACUACGAGGAGCAGCAGCUGCAGAAGGAGGAGGAGGCACGCAAGGUGAAGAGCGGCAUCCGCCAGAUGCGUCUCUUCAGCCAGGACGAGUGCGCCAAGAUCGAGGCCCGCAUAGACGAGGUGGUGUCCCGCGCUGAAAAAGGCCUGUACAAUGAGCAUACGGUGGACCGGGCCCCUCUGCGCAACAAGUACUUCUUCGGCGAGGGAUACACCUAUGGCGCCCAGUUGCAGAAGCGCGGGCCCGGCCAGGAGCGCCUGUAUCCUCCGGGCGAUGUGGACGAGAUUCCCGAGUGGGUGCACCAGCUGGUGAUCCAGAAGCUGGUGGAGCACCGCGUCAUCCCCGAGGGCUUCGUCAACAGCGCCGUCAUCAACGACUACCAGCCCGGCGGCUGCAUCGUGUCUCACGUGGACCCCAUCCACAUCUUUGAGCGCCCCAUCGUGUCCGUGUCCUUCUUUAGUGAUUCCGCGCUCUGCUUCGGCUGCAAAUUCCAGUUCAAGCCUAUCCGGGUGUCGGAACCUGUGCUUUCCCUGCCGGUGCGCAGGGGUAGCGUAACUGUGCUCAGUGGAUAUGCUGCUGAUGAAAUCACUCACUGCAUACGGCCUCAGGACAUCAAGGAGCGCAGAGCAGUCAUCAUCCUCCGGAAGACGAGGUUAGAUGCGCCCCGGUUGGAAACAAAGUCCCUGAGCAGUUCUGUGUUACCACCCAGCUAUACUUCAGAUCGUCUUUCAGGAAACAACAGGGAUCUUGCUCUGAAACCCAAGCGGUCCCACCGCAAGGCAGACCCUGAUGCUGCCCACAGGCCUCGGAUCCUGGAGAUGGACAAGGAAGAGAACCGGCGCUCAGUGCUGCUGCCCACACACCGGCGGCGGGGGAGCUUCAGCUCUGAGAACUACUGGCGCAAGUCUUAUGAGUCUGGGGAGGACUGCUCAGAGGCGGCGGGCAGCCCGGCCCGAAAGGUGAAGAUGCGCAGGCACUGAGGCCUGCGGCACUCAGCUGGAAACUCUGGUUAAUCCUCACGUAGCCGCCCCUUUCAUUUGUUUCGUUGAAGGGUUUCUGUUUAUUUUUUGUUCGUUUUUUGGUUUUUUUUUUUUUCUCCUUAUAUUUUUUCCUUGGUUUGUUGCCUAUUAAGGCUGAAGAACAGAAUUGGCUGGAACGUGGUUCUCAUGUUCUUGGUUUUCCUUCUAGGUGAAAGAGCUGUGGCAUCUGUAGGGAACAGAAGCUCACACUGGAGUGGCCAGUAGGAGGUUGUGGGGAGCAGCCGUCUUCAAGUGGGGCUAUGUCAGACGGGGUUUAUUUAAAAGCCACAAAAUGUUUUGGCUAAGAAAAUCCUCCUUUUGCUUUAAGUGUAAAUCUUCUCAGCAUUGUCAGUGAAGUCAGUCUCCUGCCACCCCCUCCCACUGAUGUCUGCGCUGUGUUGAGGGUUGAGGUCUCCUGCGCUUGGCUGGCUUGGCAGGGGGCCUGCUGUGCCACCUCUCACCUGCUUUCCAGGCCCUGGAAGCUCACGCCAACACCCUCUUCCUCCUGCAGCAGAGUUCAGGAUGACAGGGCAGAGGCUUAAACAGUGCCAGGGCUGCCACCCCAAAGCUAUUGGCUGCCCCUGGGCUUCCACUGGCCCAGGCUGCCAGGAGGCUGGCUUCAGUGCUCCUGACGUCUCUUGCCAAGAGCACGCCUCUUUGAUGGGUUGCCCCUUUCAAGCAUAUGCCUGUGAUUGUAUGGAACAGUUAGACUGGCCAUGUUGGGGCAGUUUUAGGAACUGUUUCUAGCUAGAGGGACGGUGUCCUUCCAUGUCUAGUGUUUGGGGUGUGGAAAAUUGUGUGUGGUAGGGUUUCUGUUUGGUUUUUAAGUUUUUAUUUUUCCUUUGGCCUCCUGGCUUUUUCCUUUCCCUUUCCUUUCUCCUACAUGGGCUAACUUGGGCCUUCUCCCCACUCAUCCCUGUAGGAAGGUGCCUGCCCCCUCUGCCUGCAGCAUGCAUCCAAGGCCAGAGCUCAGGCCUACAGAUUGGGUUGGUGCCUUCUCUGCCUCUGGAGCAUGGGAGCUGGGGAAGGGGCUUUUAAGGAAUAAUAAAAGGGGGAAAAAAGUUAGGUCUCUGUCAGUUUCCACCUACUCAGAUGCUCCAAGGCUGCAAAGUUUUGCUGAUGUAGAUUCAUUAGUAUUAUCUCCUUGCAGGCCAGGGCCAAGACCCAGGCCUGCUGAGAGAGAGGCCCUCCCAGCCUCCAGGCUGCUACCACCCCAAGGGGCCUUGUCUUAUGGAAGCCUAGGCCUGAGGCUGCAGAAAUCAGGCAGCCUCCGUCAAGAAGCUCUCUCAGGGGCCAGAACUCCUUUGCCAGUGUGGAUUUAAGUUGGGACUGCAUACUAAAGCAGUUGCAGUUUUUUUUACAGCUUUUUUUCCAAAAAUGAUUUGUAGUUGUAUGCAGCACUUUGCCCUGAUAUGUGUGCUCUACAAUAAAAACCAAAUCUAAUAUAUUUUGAAACAGUUGUCUGAUACUGUCAUAAGAGAGGACUUGCCUUUGUUGCUUGCCUAAUCCUUUUAUUUUUUCCUUAAAAUGAAGGGGUAGAGGGCAACAGAGUUCAUUGCCUACCAGCACCCUAGAGGGGAUGACCAGUCUCUGAUCUAGGACUGAGGGCUGAAGGUAGACUUGCCCUUUGCCCCAUUCUGAAGAGGACGGACUUCAUAAACCAUGUGUUCAGGUGCCCAGGGUGCCUUGGGCCCCAUAGGAAACAGGAUCACACCCUGCUGAGUCCUGGAAGCCCUUUUUAUUGGGAGUCAUCAGAAAGGCUGCAUGCCAGUGAAGGAGGGACAACAUGAGCAAAGGCAGGGGAGAGCCUGCCUUUGUAGAAGGUUUGAUGUCUUACCUGUGUACAAGUGGCUUUGCUCAUGAAACAAGUUCUUGAGUUCUUUUUCCAUACCAGCCCAGCUCUCACCAUGGCCCCAGUAGUGAGCAAAACUCUGGUUUUCACGAUAUGUAUAGUUGUGGGAUGCAGAUGUAGCUAGGAGGCAGUGGGGUUGGGGCCCAGAGGGUUUCUGUCCCUUCAGAUAUCCUGGACCCGGCUCCCAGGUUCUAGUCAAAGGCUUUGGUCUGGAGUCUCCUUCAUUUGCUUGCAGUGCUCAGAGCCAGUCUGCUUGGCCAAAUUUUUGCUACUGAAACGUGGCAGGCCAAUUAACUGCCCAUUUAACAGAGAAGAGAGAGUCCAGAGGGAGCAAGUGACUGGCCGUGGCUCAGUCCUGUCAAUCAGUGACAGAAUAUGAAGAGGGGGACCAGAGCCUUCCCUGUGGUCUGCAGCCAGUGGACCUAGAGGGGUAGCCACUGGGCUGGGCAGACUGGGCCCUGAAUGCCCUGGAGAGGAGGAGACAUUGGAGCCGAGGGAAGGUGACUUGCUAAAGGUCAUCCAGACUAUACGUGGCAGAGGUGGGCACCCCUGACUCUGCCUGGCCUGACUCUAGGAGCAUGGGAUGGGGCUCAUGUGGAAAGCUGGGGGGCUAGGAGGAACCCAAUUGCAGCUGUGACAAAGCCAGUCCUGAGUGCUACCUAGGCCCUGGGAACCUGCAGGACUGUGAGAUGGUUGCAAGAGGGAGGGUCUCCAGCCCUACUAGGUCCUCCUGUAUCACUGGCUUCAGUCUCUGUACCUCAGGCUCCAUGGUACUCCAUCUCUGAGCCUGAUAAUUCUGAGAAUUCCCCAAACCUGCAGGAAUCCCACAGUUGACUCCCUGAAUCUGACUGUCCCCAGCCAUCUCCUGGGGCACCAGCUGUUUGGGCCACAUGCUAAAUCCCAUUGCUCUCCGUCCCCAGCCCAGCUGUGCACACAGUAGGUGCUCUAACAUCUGGCACCAGCCCUGCCCACCUGGGGAGCCCAUCCUGUUUCUCUAACCCUUUUGUGUGGUGGGGGAAAUUAAGGCCCAAAGUUACGUUCAUUUAUUCAAAAAAUACUUGAGUGUUCUGUGUACCAAGCUUUGUGCCAGCUGCUGAGGACACAAGACAGACCUGGUGUGUGUCACACACAUACAUGUAAGGUUGUCAUAAACUGUACUGAUGCAAAAGAUCUGUAGCACAUAAAUUUCAAAUAAUAAAAUAUACACCAGUCUUAAUUGUAAGUUCUAUAUAGCCAGUUGUUUCUCAGAGAAUGGUUUCAUUGAUUUUUGCUGAAUUCUUGUAUUUGUAGUCUACCUGUGGUGGUAAUUCCACCACUAUAAUGGCAAACGGAGUUGCCAUCCCAUCUGCUCUGUUAGUUUCCUAGGGCUGCUAGAACAAAUUACCACAAACUUGGUGGAUUAAAACACAAGUUUAUUUUCUCAGUUUGGAGGUCACAAAUUCAAAAUCACAGUGUUGGCAGAGACAUGCUCCUUCUGCAGGCUCUAGUCCUUGUCUCUAACAGCUUCUGGUGGCUGUUGACAUUCCUUGACUUGUGGCCACAUGGCUUUCUCUUCUAUGUGUACCAGAUCUCCCUUUGCUCCCUCCUUAGGACACUUGUGAUUGGACUUAGGGCCUAUCUGGAUAAUCAAAAAUAAUCCCCCCAUGUGAAGAUCUUAACCACAUCUGCAAAGUAAAAAAAAAUUAAAUCUACAAGUUCCGGGGAUAAGGACCUGAUAUCUGUUUAGCCUUCUACACUGCUCUUUUCCCAACAGACAUGUCAUUAAAUCUGAUACAUGAGCUACUGAUAACUCAUUGUUGAACAUGUUAAUUGGAUUGAAAUCUCUCAGCCCCCACACUACUUUUAAAUUUAAUGUGCAUCAAUAUUUUCUCCCACUGAUUUCGUAAGUCUAGACCUGUGCUGUCCAAUAUGGCAGUCACUGGACAAUUUGGCUGUUUAGCACUUGAAAUGUGGCUAGUUUGAAUUGAAUGUGCUUUAAAUGUAAAAUACCAGAAUUUGAAGAGUUAGUAUGAGAAAAGGAAUGUAGUUACUUUAUAUUGAUUACAUGUUGAAAUGAUAUUUUGGACAUACUGGGUUAAAUAAAAUACGCUAUUUAAAUUAA